GAAAAACCUUGACUGCUGCAGCUCCUCCCUCCGCUGACUUCAACCGCCGAGCGCUGCCUGGUCACAGAGGACGUCAGUCGCAGCUCUGCAACAGGAGAGUAAAUGUCUGCAAGAGAGGACUGAGCACAGGCUGAAACCUGUCCUACUGAAUCUCUAAAACCAUCGGGGACCAUCAGAGAUGGAGGGCGAAGGCAGUAGUCCCGGGGUAGCGAUGGAUUCAGGUAACCCCUUGCUGAAAGCAGUAUUCCUCCGUCGCCUGCGACUCACACGGCUUCUCCUGGAGGGCGGCUCCUACAUCAACGAGAGCGACAGCCAAGGCCAGACUCCCCUGAUGGUGGCCUGCAGGACCCAGCAUAUCGACGCCCAGAGCGCCAGCCGGGUCAAGCUGGUCCAGUUUCUCCUGGAGAAAGGAGCGGACCCCGACAUCCAGGACAAGGAAGGCCGGUCUGCGCUGAUGCACGCCUGUCGGGAACAGGCCGGUCCUGAGGUGGUGUCGCUGCUCCUGGCCAGCGGGGCGGACAUCAGUCUGGAAGAUCAGUCCGGGACAUCGGCGCUGGUCUACGCGGUCAUGGCCGGAGACUGGAAGGUUCUGAAGCUGAUGCUCGACACAUGCAAGGCUAAGGGGAAAGAGGUGAUCAUCAUAACGACGGACAAAUUCCCAUGCGGAAAACUGCAAGCCAAGCAGUACCCCAGCAUGCCUCCCCUUAGUCCUGUUGACCAGAUGGACAAAACGGCAUCAGCAGCUCCGGCAUCACCCUCUGAAAUCCAGCUCAUCACUUCCCCCCAGUGCACCUCCUCUUCCUUGUGUCCCCCAAAGCCUGUCUUCUCCUUUAAAGAUGCCCAGUCCGGCGGAGUGAGCUCCCAUCCGUGUUCCCCGUCGCGGUUUCAGAGGUUCGGCCAACCGGCGGCGUGUGGACUUCAGCAGCCCCUCCUGAGGCUGAACUCUGAGCCCUGGCUAAAGGUCCCAUCGUCUCUGCUCGUGCAGCAUCCUCACGCCGGCUCACCUUCGGAAAACAACGGCAACCGAACUGAGGAGCUGCCGUUCAGAAUCACCAAACUGGAUGAAGACAGCACAAACUCAACUGACAGCUUCAAAUGGUAUGAAGGACGACUGGCAAGGGACAAAGGAAUGGAAGGGAAGAAUGAAAGUGCCAAACAUGCAGGACAGAAGAUGUCCUUACCGGGUCUCCAGUCACCCCACUCUGCCUCCCACCCUAACCUCCAUUCUGUAAACCUUGGGACAGAUUCAAUCGCCUCCUCUUCCUCCUUUUCUGGCGGCAAAACUCUCAGCACUCCUCUUCACAGCAUGGCCUCGUCGAGCCUCCACAGCAUCAUCCAGAGGCGCAAGCUUGGCGCAGACAUCUACAACUCGGAGCCCCAGCUAGCUCUAGACAUCCAGACUCUCCCCGAGGAGUCCCAGCAGACACCAAGAGACCCGACAGAUGGCAAGAAGCUGGCUCCCUUACGCUGCUCCAGCACACUGGGCUCAAGGGAGUCGUCGUCGAUGUCGGGCCCGAGCAGGAGGGUGCUGUAUGGGUUUGAGCGCAGAGGUUCUGGGGCCUUCUUGUUGGACCACAGCUCCCAGGUCAGGCCGAGAUCUCUGCCACCUCUGACCCUCAACUCCACCCACAACCCCGUCCUUAACGCUUAUAACCUCGGCUCCAGCGCCGCCGGAAGUGGUUCUGAGCCCGGCCUCAAAGGUUUCCUUCCCUCCGCUCCUCCUGGGCAUCCCAAAGAGCUGACGAGGAGGAUGCUGCUGAGGAGACACUCCAUCCAGACCGAGCAGCUCAAAACCACAGCUUGAAGUUCAGCCAGUGCACCGGCGUGUUUUCGUGUGAGACGUUUUGUUGUGUGAUUUAGUGUCCGUGUCGUGAAGCCAAAGAGGAUAUUAUCAGAAAAAUAAAAUGAUCCAUAUUAAGGGUGUCGUGAUUUCGACUCUAGACCGGAAAACGUUUGAUCAAAACUGAAAUGCGAGUCCAUCGAUGUGCGUCGAUAUAAAUGUGCUAUGAAUCGUCGAUCGUCGGUCGACUGAGGCUUAGCUUUGCUGCUAAUUCUGCACAGCGUCUCCAAAUCUCAGUCACAGCAGUUUAAAGUUCAGCGCGACGCCUCUUCUGCUACCACAUCCGUGCUUGCGAGGGUCAAAGACAAACAUAUCCAAAAACAACGACCUCGGGAUUCAAACUGGACACAGUAUGUUUUUCUUCCAGCCUCGUCUGAUCGCACGUGAGACGGUACAGCUAGCUUAGCUUUAGCCUGCAGCCACACUCACCCUGUGAUGCAUGAAGACGAUCACCUGUCUGGUACGAAGAUGUCGAGUUUAUAUUCUUUUCAGAGAUCCUUUAUUGAUUUGUCUGUGAAGAGGACUCACUCCGGACAGAUUUGAGAAAACUGAAUUUCUGUCUUUUGUUGUCGACUGUUGACUGAAUCGUCAUCAUCAGAUCAUUUCGAACUUGUUUACUCUGCAGAAGGCCAGCAGCGCUGUUGUUACGUCUGUCGUCAAUCGUGACCUUAAAAUCAAAACUCGACUCGUUGAUCUGGAGAAUCGCGACACCCCUGACACUUAUCGAUGUUAACGUACGAACUGUAGGUUUCCUCCUCUGCUUUAGUGUGCCGUCACUGUGCUCGUAGCUUCAGUCUGCAGCUUUUACGCACAACACUCCCUUAAAGCUGCUAAGAGAUUUCAACAUCUGACAUAUUGUGAAUUGUCCCUUUUAAAGUCGCUACGUGCAGAAUCUGACGGAGGCCCGCAUGCAGCACCAGUUGUACCAUCGCAGCAACAUGCCCCUUAAUUACGAUUCUACACAUAGCGGCUUUAAUCAGCGGGGGUCGAGUCUUGAAAUUGUUUUUUCACACACGCUAUUUGCACAAGGAGUCUGAAUUAUAUGUCUGUGAAAAGCCAUUGUCAGCCACAACGCUUACUGUGUAAGAACGAGCGAGAAAACUGUUCAAUAAAUGAAUUUAUUAUCAUAAAAAGGCGUCACAGAUCAUUGUAAAUGGUACAUCGCUAUGCAUUAAACAUGCAUCAUCGCUGCAAAGUGUUUUGUUUUGUUCAACCGUCGACAAAGAAGAAAACGCACCAUAACACACAUGUGAACUUACAUCAUUAUGUUUAAAAAAUAAAAACAUCACAGUGUCCCACAGAUAUUUACAUGUUUAUAUUAAAAAA